CAGGGGAAGGAAGGGGGAGGAGUUGCAGCUCUCAACCAGAGCCUGUCUCUCUGAGAUAUCAAAGGGACCAAGAAAGGCAGCUCCGGAGUAGGAUGCUCUGCGGGACGCCCUGAGCCGGGGAGCCGCUUAAAGCAGCUUCGGGGACUGGGGCCAUUGGGCAGCUUUCACCAUGCAUCAGUCCCUGACUCAGCAGCGGUCCAGCGACAUGUCCCUGCCCGAUUCCAUGGGAGCCUUCAAUCGGAGGAAACGGAAUUCCAUCUAUGUCACCGUGACUUUGCUUAUUGUGUCCGUGUUAAUUCUCACGGUGGGCCUUGCUGCAACCACCAGGACGCAGAAUGUGACUGUUGGGGGUUAUUACCCGGGAGUUAUUCUUGGCUUUGGGUCAUUCCUUGGAAUCAUCGGAUCAAACCUCGUUGAGAACAAACGGCAGAUGCUGGUGGCUUCUAUUGUGUUUAUCAGCUUUGGUGUUAUUGCAGCUUUUUGUUGUGCCAUAGUUGAUGGAGUCUUUGCUGCCAGACACAUUGAUCUGAAGCCACUGUAUGCUAACCGGUGCCACUAUGUCCCCAAGACAUCCCAGAAAGAAGCUGAGGAAGUCAUAAGUUCCUCAACAAAAAAUUCUCCUUCCGCGAGGGUUAUGAGGAACCUUACCCAGACAGCUAGAGAGGUGAACUGUCCACACCUCAGCCGUGGGUUCUGCACACCUCGCAUCCGGGGCAACACCUGCUUCUGCUGUGACCUCUACAACUGUGGCAAUCGCGUGGAGAUCACUGGUGGGUACUAUGAAUAUAUAGACGUCAGCAGCUGCCAGGACAUCAUCCACCUCUACCACCUGCUCUGGUCUGCCACCAUUCUCAACAUUGUCGGCCUGUUCCUGGGCAUCAUCACUGCUGCUGUCCUUGGAGGCUUUAAAGACAUGAAUCCGACUCUCCCAGCGCUGAACUGUUCUGUUGAAAAUACCCAUCCAACUGUUUCGUACUACGCUCGUCCCCAAGUGGCAUCCUACAAUACCUACUACCAUAGUCCGCCUCACCUGCCACCAUAUUCUGCUUAUGACUUUCAGCAUUCCAGCGUCUUUCCAUCCUCUCCCCCUUCUGGACUUUCUGAUGAGCCCCAGUCUGCUUCUCCCUCACCCAGCUACAUGUGGUCUUCGAGUGCACCACCCCGUUACUCUCCUCCCUACUAUCCACCUUUUGAAAAGCCACCACCUUACAGUCCCUAAAGAGGAAUACCUGCUCACUAUUGAGAUUAUUGUGGCUUUUGUAUUUCUGCUUUAGUGGAAGUAAGUAGGGUACAAAAUUUAAAGUGACUCUUAUGCAUAAGGUUUUACAAAUGGCCAGACAGGCUAGGGAAAGAAAGAGAUGAAGCUUAUUCCUUAGCACUGCAGAAUCCAACACUUCAAGGAGGGCAGCUCACACUAAACAAGGCUGGGGAGCCAGCCCAGCAAGAAGCUUGUCAUGUUUGGACCUGCCUUACCCUAUGUUCCACCUCUGUACUGAGCAAAUGUGUGGUUACCAUCUAUUUUAGUUUAUGUAAAGGAGUGUUGUCCUCAGGCCUUUGACAGAUUGCCACCCUAGCACCCUGGUGGAAGCAUCUGGCUUAUAAGCGCUCUUUCCCUACCACUGAAGUCAGUCUCUAAGGAACAUUUCCCAGGUGAUGGGGCUACCCAGUAGUUCCAAUACAGAGAGUUCUGGCUAAGAUUUUGUCUGCUUGUGGAAAAAAAGCUGCCCCUAUCUUACUCCUUUUUUCUUUGUAUUGUAAAAACAACUUUGAGACCAUUCAGCUCAGUUUUUGUUACCUCCUAAAGGGAAAAGUGCAAUAUUCCCUUGAGUAGUAAGAGAACAUGACUGAUUGUUCCAGAAGCAGAGCAACAUGUGAUAUAUUUUAAGCAGAUCUCAGUAAGAAAUCUGACAACUUAGGAGACAGUGGUUCGAUUACAAGUUGCAUUAUUAGAAAAUUUGCUGCAGGAGAUAUAAAUCUUAUGAUUGAAAUUCAGUUUUAAAAUGUUAGAUUAGGUUCUUGGGUUGUGACAUGAAUUGUUACUAAUUGUUGUGACUAUUUAAUCUUCAACUACUGUGCUUCAGCCCCAGCAAACCGCACGUAUCCUGCACCUCACCCCAGAAGAAUCAUCUGUAUUUUAAUACCAUUGCUCUUAUUGGCCCUUUUUUCUGUUAAAACCAAUCAAGAUAGUGUUCAAUUCAACAUUAUGAAAGUGUUACAAUGGCACAUCAAGUCUGUAAAAUCUCAAAUGUACCCAACGUGACAAAUUCUUAGGUGUCACCAUAGAUUUAAAAUCCAUUUGGUACACUGGCCAAUUUUACAAUUCAUUUAAUUUACAUAGCUUUAAACCAUCAAUUUGAUGAGUUUAAAACACUUUAGCACCCAUUCCUUCACUUUAGGAUGAACACUUUCAUUGUCAUCUUAUGUUAACCUGAGAAUACAUUUAAAGGAAGACUGAUAAUCCUACGUAUAAUGUAAAAAUACCGGGGCUUCAGAAGGGUACUUAAUUAAGACAGUUUUGCAAACACAGAACACAUACUGGAAAAAUUUCCAGCCAAUUUUGCUACCUCCUGACUUGAUGGAUUUGAGGUAGCAGACAAACGCUGGUGCUCCCAUCUACCUUGUAGACACCUGGCCAUCAAGAAUCCCCAAAUCACAACAAGUGCACUCAUUGUUCAAUGUUUGCAAAAUAUCCAGUUUAAUUUUCAGAAUCAUGUUGUCUUAUCCAGAUUGCAAAUCUGAAAAACUAUAAUCCUUUUGCAUUAUACAAAAUAACUAUUAUUUUUUACAGUGCUGAGCAUAUUCAAAUUCUAUUGGAUUUUAAUAGUGUCUAAUAACCAACUUACAAUACAAAUAUUGACUUGUUAGAAUACUCAAAUAUAUUUUUUGCUGUUUACACUUAACCUUUUGCUUUAGUGAAUGUGUACAUUUAGUUUUUUAAAAGGCACCAUUACACAAAAUACCCUACAUUUAUCACAUUUCUUAAAAUGUUAAGAUUCUAUAACUCAUUUCUAUGUAUUUUUCUUACUUUACAAAAUAACUUGAAACAGUAUAGAUUUUGUAACACUUAAUUUGAGCAGCUUCUUUUUUUAUUACAUUGAAUUAUAUAAAGUGCACGUUACCUUAGAAAAAUAUUUGCUGCUUUACUGUUUUGCAAAACAUUUGCUGUAAUGAAGGAAUUUGUAUCUCCAACAUGUAUUUGACUGCAUUUUGUAAUAUUUACUGCUUAAUUCCUAAUUCUGCUUUAAAGUAUUGAACUGGGCAUGAAAUAUUAAAAUAUUAAUCCAAAACUUUAUGAACUGGAUGUUGCUUAAAAAUCUGUAUCACUGCCAUGUUGGAAAAUUCAGACUGCUUUUGUGAUGUUUCAAAUUAAUAAAAUCAUCCUCCUUAUCCA